GCGCCGGGCUGCGGCCUAAGGGAGCGAGGAGCCGCCGUCGCCGCCGCCGCCCAGCGCAGCCCGACCGGGGCCCGGGCCCGGCCCAGCUCAGCUCAGCGGCGGAGCCCGCAGCCCCGAGCGGCUGCGCCCAGCUCCAUGAAUGGAAAUCAGCAGCGCAGGACCCGUCGGGGCACAGCCCCUGCUCAUGGUGCCCAGGCGGCCUGGCUAUGGCACCAUGGGCAAGCCCAUUAAACUGCUGGCCAACUGCUUCCAAGUUGAAAUCCCAAAGAUUGAUGUCUACCUCUAUGAGGUGGAUAUCAAACCAGAUAAGUGUCCUCGGAGGGUGAACAGGGAGGUGGUGGACUCAAUGGUGCAGCAUUUUAAAGUGACAAUAUUUGGGGACCGUCGACCAGUUUAUGAUGGGAAAAGAAGCCUUUAUACAGCCAAUCCACUUCCUGUGGCCACUACUGGGGUGGAUUUGGAUGUGACAUUACCAGGAGAAGGUGGAAAAGAUCGUCCCUUCAAAGUGUCAAUAAAGUUUGUUUCUCGGGUGAGCUGGCACUUGCUGCAUGAAGUUUUGACGGGAAGAACCUUGCCUGAGCCUCUGGAACUAGACAAACCUAUCAGCACUAACCCUGUUCAUGCUGUCGAUGUGGUGCUACGACACCUGCCCUCCAUGAAGUAUACCCCUGUGGGCCGCUCCUUCUUCUCAGCUCCAGAAGGCUACGAUCACCCCCUGGGUGGGGGCAGGGAGGUCUGGUUUGGGUUCCAUCAGUCUGUCCGGCCUGCCAUGUGGAAGAUGAUGCUCAACAUUGAUGUUUCUGCCACUGCCUUCUACAAAGCACAACCUGUGAUACAGUUUAUGUGUGAAGUUCUUGACAUUCAUAACAUUGAUGAACAACCAAGACCUCUGACUGAUUCUCAUCGGGUAAAAUUCACCAAAGAGAUAAAGGGUCUGAAGGUAGAAGUGACUCAUUGUGGAACGAUGAGACGGAAAUACCGUGUUUGUAAUGUAACCAGGAGGCCUGCAAGUCAUCAAACCUUUCCUUUACAGUUAGAAAAUGGCCAGACUGUGGAGAGAACAGUAGCACAGUACUUCAGAGAGAAAUACAACCUCCAGCUGAAGUAUCCUCAUCUGCCUUGCCUACAAGUGGGACAGGAACAGAAACACACCUACCUGCCUUUAGAAGUAUGUAACAUUGUGGCUGGCCAACGGUGUAUCAAGAAGCUAACGGACAAUCAGACAUCCACUAUGAUAAAGGCCACAGCCAGGUCUGCUCCAGACAGGCAAGAAGAAAUAAGCAGAUUGGUGAGAAGUGCAAAUUAUGAUGCAGAUCCAUUUGUGCAAGAGUUCCAAUUCAAAGUCCGGGAUGAGAUGGCCCACGUGACGGGGCGCGUGCUGCCCGCUCCCAUGCUGCAGUACGGAGGACGGAACCGAACAGUGGCAACCCCAAGCCAUGGAGUUUGGGACAUGCGAGGGAAGCAAUUCCACACUGGUGUUGAGAUCAAAAUGUGGGCUAUAGCUUGUUUUGCAACGCAGAGACAAUGCAGAGAAGAAAUACUGAAGGGUUUUACUGACCAGCUGCGCAAGAUCUCCAAGGACGCAGGGAUGCCCAUCCAAGGCCAGCCCUGUUUCUGUAAAUACGCCCAGGGUGCAGACAGCGUGGAGCCCAUGUUUCGGCACCUCAAGAACACCUAUUCAGGGCUUCAGCUCAUCAUUGUCAUCCUGCCAGGAAAAACACCAGUGUACGCGGAGGUGAAGCGUGUGGGAGAUACACUAUUGGGAAUGGCCACGCAGUGUGUUCAAGUCAAAAAUGUCAUUAAAACAUCUCCGCAGACCCUUUCCAACCUGUGCCUGAAGAUUAACGUCAAAUUAGGAGGAAUCAAUAACAUCCUUGUACCUCAUCAACGACCUUCUGUGUUCCAGCAGCCAGUGAUCUUUCUGGGAGCCGAUGUCACUCACCCUCCUGCUGGAGAUGGAAAGAAACCUUCCAUAGCUGCUGUUGUAGGUAGUAUGGAUGCUCAUCCAAGCCGAUACUGUGCCACGGUGAGAGUCCAGCGGCCCCGGCAGGAAAUCAUCCAAGACCUGGCCUCCAUGGUGAGGGAGCUUCUCAUCCAGUUCUACAAGUCAACGCGCUUCAAGCCCACACGUAUCAUCUUCUACAGGGACGGGGUCUCUGAAGGACAGUUCCGACAGGUUUUGUACUAUGAACUGCUAGCCAUUAGAGAAGCCUGCAUCAGUUUGGAGAAGGAUUACCAGCCUGGAAUAACCUAUAUUGUGGUGCAGAAAAGACAUCAUACACGGUUGUUCUGUGCUGACAGAACAGAAAGGGUUGGACGAAGUGGCAAUAUUCCAGCUGGAACAACUGUAGAUACAGACAUUACACACCCAUAUGAGUUUGAUUUUUACCUCUGCAGUCAUGCUGGAAUACAGGGUACCAGCCGUCCCUCACACUAUCAUGUUUUGUGGGAUGAUAACUGUUUUACUGCAGAUGAACUUCAGCUGCUGACUUACCAGCUCUGCCACACAUACGUGCGCUGUACACGAUCAGUUUCUAUACCUGCACCAGCGUAUUAUGCUCACCUGGUAGCAUUCAGAGCACGAUACCAUCUUGUGGACAAAGAACAUGACAGUGCUGAAGGAAGCCACGUUUCAGGACAGAGCAAUGGCAGAGAUCCGCAGGCCCUGGCGAAGGCUGUACAAAUUCACCAAGACACCUUACGCACGAUGUACUUCGCUUAGGUCAAUGAAAGGGGAGCGUACUCGCUGAAAGGAAGAACUGAAAAAAAAAAAAAAAAAAUUAAGCCACAUACAAUGUAUGUUUCCAGUGGGGUUGGUUUAUGGGGCGUGCCUCCGAUCGUGCUGAAGUUGCCGCUGUGCAGGGGCGAGAGGCUAACCCUUAAAUUGACACAAGGAAGAUUGUUUACUUCACCGAGGAACACAGCACUAUUAUGCAAUAUGAAACCAGCCAACUGCUUUUGUGGCGCGGUCUCCUGUAGGAAGCACCGCCAUCAUUUCCUUUUUUUUUUUGUUUUAAUUUCUGGUAGUUUAACCCUCUUAUGCCUUUACCUCAAGUUGCUCGGCAGCACAACUCUCUUUGCAAAAAAAAAAAUAAUAAUAAUAAUAAUAAUUAAAAAGAAAAAAGGAUGGUAUAAUCUUAAAAAAAAACCAACCUGUAUAAGAACAGUCACAAAGAUUGUUUGGGAGAGAAAAGUGUGCAAAAAAAAAAAAAAAAUUCUUUUUCACCCCGUUGAGGAAUCUUUCUCUCAGUAUUGCCAUCAGCAUUCGAAUGCGAACAUAUCUGAGUACAUCUGAAUGUACAGCACUAACUAGAAAAAAAAAAUGGAGGGGAGGGAAGAUGUUUUGCACACUAAUCCAAUCAUUUGAACAUAGUUUAGCCAACUGCUGCCUUUCUUCACAGCUUUGGAGUCCUCAGCUCCAACAGUUCCCUUGUAAGAAGCAAACAAAGCUAGUGGUGUUACGUGCAGGCAGUGGUGAUCCCAACUGUUCUUGCUCCCUGGUGACUUUACUAAAGCUGCUGUCAUACCUAGUCCAAAAGUUUCAAUUAUUUUCUAUCUGGCACGUCAAAUACCUUGAAGCUUCAUGUGAGAUCGGGCAUCCCAAGCUUUGUGGGAUGACACAUAGUAAACACCAGAACUGAAACUUUAGAGCUAAGGUCUUCUUGACAAAAGAAAAAUGCUAGUUUACUUGCUGCCUCUCACACCUUAAUGUGAUUUCAUAUGUACGUGUUUUUGAAGUUUAGCUUCCUUUGUUUCUUUUAUAUUUAUUAGAGUAAUAAUAAUGCUUUAAUUUAAUUAUUACAGAACAUAUGGUCGACAUCAACUUUUAUUUUUUAGAAAUGUAACCACGUUUAUUUUUAAAAAAAAAAAAAGAAACUGACAACUUGUUUUUGCUAUCUUUUAGUGCAAUAAGCGUUCGGAAAGAAAACUGUGUCCAUUGAGCUGUAGCAGAGCAGUGUCUGUACCACUGCCUGCGGGAGGAUGGGCACCUCCGCGAUUUUAAAAAGGACAAAGUAAAAGCCUUAAUUUUGAAAGGAAAGUUUUAUAGUCAGAAGGAAUCUCGGAUUUUCCUUUUUUAAAUCAAAAAGCGGCAAAAAAAGAAAAAAAAAAAACAAAAAAAACGCUUCUAGAACUCUGCAAGCUUUACCCGUCGCUGCGGUAGUUUGGUUUAACAAAGGAACUGGCCGUAUUUUUGGCUUUGAACCGUGGAAGAUAUUUGAAGUAAACGAAAUUUUUUUAUUAAGAUCUAAGUUUUUACAUGCUUAAUUAAAUCUAUUUGACAUCGGUGAAAACGUCUGGAAUUAUUAAAAGUUUUUAGGCUCUUUUCCUCUUUGAUAACGACUUUCCUUUUAAAAUUAAGUUACUGGUGACUUCAUUUCACUUUGCAAAUAAAGUAAGAGGGCUGGGAUAGUUCUACCUUUAAAUCACUGAAAUGUGAAGCAAACGAACGGGACUCUUUCAUUCCACUUUAGAGGUUAAACCAAUAUUCAGAUAUCAGAGAUGAGCAUUUAUUCCGCGAGGGGACUAGGAAGUUUUGCACUUUGUAAACUCGUGAAUUGCAUUUUUGACUGUUUUUAUUUGCACUGGUUCAUAGUAUAUAUACUGCAGAUCGUUUCUAUGGGCAUUGCUGUUAUCCCAGCCCUUCUCAACUCCACCUGCUCUCCACAUGAAAACCAGAGGGUCGGUAAAGCAGCUUGUCUCCUGCCGUUCUCACAGAAUGCGCUGUUUGCCAAUAUACUGUGUUUUGAGCCUAAAAUCUGAGCCCGUUCCGCUUCAGCAGGCAUGACUCUUCCCCGUCUUUUCCGCCAGAAAACAAAGUACUGUAUUUUGUGCAUUUGUAUAUUGUACUGAAAUGUAUGUAGUGCUGUUCACAACGCUGUCUCAGCGAGCUCUGCUCAGCAGUUGGCGUGUAGGCAUAUACCAUUAUCUCCCAGUACCAAGGCAGAUAACGUAAAGACUAACCUUGCACUGUUACCAUUGCACUGGAAAUAGUCCUGAGGGUGGGCAGCCCCCGUGGCUCGGGGGGGGGGAGGGGGAGGCUGCUGGGGAGCACCAGAGGGCGGUGGGGUUAGGGUCAGCCCUGAGCCCCCCAUUGGGCUGCAGCUCUGGGAUGGCUCCAGCCCCGGCUCUGUCUCCUGCAGGGCAGAGCUGUGGGGAGGCCGUGGUGCAGGCAUCAGAGCAAGGUGGGCUCUGAUCAACCUCUGAAAUGCUUUUCUUGGUUGGUGGCCUGGCAGCUGUCCCUCAGAAGCGCUCUAGCUAGCAGUUCUGUUUUAAAAGGUUCGGGUUAGGCUUUUUACAGAAAGCUAAUUUAAAAAAAAAAAAAAAAGUGGAUUUUUUUAAAGAAACUGUUUUACACAGACUUCUUGUGGAUUUCUGGCGUUCAGAUGAAAACUCCUUCUUAAAAAGUCUUUUAAUGCUCCUUUCAGAGACGCCGCACCCUCCUCAUCCUGCCCACGCUCAGUGACUAUGACCCGGGAGGCUUUUCGCUUUCAACUUUCACCAAAAAACCACAAAGAAACUUCAUGGGGAAGGUGACUUAGAUGCUAGCCCGGCAGCUGGUUUACCUGGUUUUCAUGUGAAGAGUACGUGGAAGUUUGAAUCUCUCUUCUUGGUUUUGCAAAUAUCUUCGUCAAGUGCCGAUACUUAUUUGUAUUACGAUAUCAACUUACUGGCGUUGUGAGGGCCACACAUUUAUGAUGCUGUAGCUGCUAUAUUUAUUUAAAUGGAGAUGGACAAUUACUGCACUAAGGAAUGAGGAGAUAAGCAAGGAAUCAAGGUUAGUUAGAUAUCUCGGUUUGUUUUUCUUUUUUCAAAAGAGAAUUAAUGGUGUGAAAUAUCAAGUGUCACAAAGGGUGCUGUCAUUUUAACUGAGAUUAAAUAGCCAGAUAUUCUUCCUUUGUUUAAAAACAUAUAUAUUUUGAUGUUUGCAGUUUGGGGGUGGGGGGUCGGGAUAAAUGGUACCUCAUCUGUGGUGGCAGUUUCCGGUAUAUUUUCAGAGUAUAUGGAUUUCUUUUAUUUUUGUACCUGCUCUCCUUUUAAAAAAGACGGGAAAAAAAAAAAAAAAUCUCAAAUUCUAUGUGCUGUGUGGGGGAAAUGUCGAGUGGCUCCAGGUCCCCUGCUCUGUGGGGACGGCCCACGGGGCCCAGGCUUCUCCUCCCUCUGCAGGCCUCGCGCGCUGCCCGCCUGGGCGCGCGGCUCCCACCCCGCAGACGCUGGUACCAGUUCACCAGACCAAGACCUCGUUUGUACUAAAGUGCCACUUCCUGGUGGGAGCUGCAGCCCUGGUACUGUGCCAAAGCGGGGCUGCGCUGAGCCCCGUGCCUCAGCACCGGGCGGCCCGAAGCCGGGGGGGGUGGGAGCAGAGCGUUGUGCAGAGCGUUGCUAGGCCGUGUGUUAACACAGCACCUGCUGACAGAGGGACUGACCCCCCCCCCCCCCAAGCAGGGGGCUUCCCCUUUUUGGGGGGGGGGGAAGGGGGGGGACGCUUCAGCCGUGGCCGUUUUACUCAGGAUUGCUGUUACUGUUAAAUGCGUGAUUUGGUUGGACGUGUCCAGAAGUGAUUUCUGUAGGGUUGGUUCUGGCAUCCUUCUGGAAGGUUGGCCAGGGGAAUGGUUUUUCUGGAGUAGGAUGGGUUUCUGAAAGCGGUCAGUCAAAUUAUUUCAAGAUGCCAUUGGUCCUCGACCAGUUUCACUUGGUGUACCGAUUUUUGUCCUUUAAAAUGCUCAGCAUAGGACACCAGAUACUCAUCUUCUGUACAAAGCUACAAAUCCCGGCUUUCUCCAGUCUUGGAAGUUUGCUCUGGUGAAACUCCAAGCUCAGCCUACCCUUCAAACAGCUUGAGGCCUUGUUCUUUUUCCUUAUUCCCUUCGCAUCUUGUCCUCUUCUAAUGUUCUCCCAGUUCUGUGAGUUGAGGGUUUACAACCUUCCUCGAAGCACUUUUAUAACCCAGGAAUCACAAGCUCAGCUGAUGUCCCUUGCAGCUCUCCAUUCCCUUCUCAGAGCUGCUGUCCUGACGGCCACCCCUGUCCCUUCAGUGCUGGCUGCUGGGUUGAUUCGUAGGGAUGUGACAGGGAAGGAUCCCAGUCUCUCUUUUUCCUACCCAAAGAUGGUACUUUACAUCAAUACCGAAUGUUAGGACACCAGUUUUGUUUUGGCACGUGUUUCGAUAAAACAUCACCUAGCCCACUGAUUUAUUCUUGCUGUGACCCUGGAACAGUAGUGGUUAGAGCUCGAGCUGAUUGCUGCUUUCUGCUAGCAAAGGGUUCUGUAUUUUUUAGUAGCUGAGUUACAAGUAGAUGCGUGCGGGGUCCUGUGUGUUACCUCCGGGCAGAAUCUCAAGAACCUCAUUUCUGUAACACUAAAACAAAAAUGUUUGUCCCUCAGCCAAGGUGUGUGUGGAGGGGCAGGGCUGCAGGGGUGAGCAUCACACCAGUGCUACAGAAACACUGUGUCCUGGGUGCCCUGGCCUUUCCCAGCUCUGUCCCCCCCCCGCCUUACAUGGGUAGUUACUGUAGGGUCCUUUAACAGCAGUGUGGUUCUGUUUAAAAUUUGGAGCGAUGUUUAUUUUAUUUUUAAGCCAGACAGUCCUCAGAAAGUGCCUUUUUAGAAGACGGUGCUGUAGAUUUUAUUUUCCAGUUGUACGUGGCUGAACGUUUAAGAUAACUGAAAAUGCCAAGUGUUUGAUGGUAUCUUUCGGUACUUUCAAGCAUCAGUUCUCUGAGUCAGGACCAAGCAUUACCAGGACAGUGGUUUCCUUUGGAGGGAAAGGCACUGGGGGAGCAGGCACCAAAUGCUGCUGGGGAGGAGCAGCUCUGCUCCUUCCCUGUGCAGUUUGCUCCUUCACAUGGAGGGGGUGUGCGGUCAGGGAAGGCAGCAGCAUGGGAUGCUUGGGUUGGUCAUGGCUGGAAGAUGUUGUCUCUUCAGUGUUACAAGCUCCCAAGGACAAAGCAGACGAGCUGAGGGCUGUCUGGAGGCGUAGGGGAUGCUCAGUGCUGCAAGCAGGCGUCGUGUGGGUGGUGUUUCUGACGGUGUGGUUUGCAUACGUGCUUGGGGCUUGUCAUUCCUAGCUGGGAGAGUGAUGCUGUGGGCCCUGCUCGGGGGGCUGGCGGUGCUGUGGGUCCGUGGGGAGCGUGCUGAGCAUUCCUGCCGUCGGGAGAAGCUGUCGCCUAGACUAUUAACCACUGCACCUCAGUAACCUUGUAAUGCUGCAUUAAGUAAUAACAGCAAAGUUCUGCUUCGAUGACACUGUAAUGUGCUUGCACGUGCCUGCGAAAAAUACACACUUUGGUUUUUGUAACGGUCUCAGCAGCGGUGACCUGACUCUUCUUUGACGCUGGACCGCGUCCUUUUUUGUGGUGUUCCUGUGUAUUUAUUGGUGGUCUGUGUGUCCUGUCUGCGUGUUGCUUUUGAGGCUUAUUUUCUAGGUGGGAAACGUUUCCGAAUGCUUGCUUUUUCUUCUCUGAAGUCAGCUUCACUCUUAAGACACAUGUGAGAAGAGGCCGAGCAGAACAACUCAAUGGACAGGCUGAUGUAACGGGUGCUUUGGUUUUUAAGUUGAACGCUAGAAUGAGUUUGUGUUCACUUUCAUCAGUGUCGAUGCAGUAUUGGGCAUUGCCGAUGCCGGGGUAGUUUUCAAUAUCAGGAGCUGAAGCAUAAAAUUCCGCUUGAACUGCGCUCAGUAUUGCCGCAGGCGUGCACUUGUGUCCAGGCGUUUCCUAGGAGUGAGCAGAACAAGAGCCAUGAGAUGUUGGGGUGCACGAUCGUGCCCUGUGACACCACUGUGCUUCAGGGCACCCCCAGAUCCAUGGCAAAACUGGGCUCUGCGUGCGCUGCCCCGACCCGGGCACAGGGAUCCUUGAUUCCUGAGUUGUGGGUUCCUUCUGACUGCAGGCAGAGAAAGGCAGCGAUGUUUCUCUUUGCUUAACAGCUCUGGUUUAGAGCAGUGCUACUUUGUGGUAUUUCAUCUUGCAGUGAUUUCAAAUGAUUUGUUCCCGAUGUCUUAUUGUUAUUAGGCCGGGAUUUAGAAAGCAUUCUGUCAGCCUGGGUUCUGAGCCUACUUUCCGUAGUAGCCAUUUCUAUCUUUUGGACUAAAAAGGGCCAAAAAUCUCAUUCCAUCAGCUUGUUUGCAGCAACGCUCUCCAUCUCUUCCCCUGCCUGUGAACUAGUUUAUUUUUCUCUCUGUACUUAGCCAAUUCUGAAGCUGUUUAGAUUUGUACAUUCCUUUCUCCUCUCUCUAUCCAUCACAAACGCGAUCAAAAGAAGUGACAUGGACAGACCUUUGUCUGACAGUGCUGGUUCCUGCUGAGAUGAGCUGUAGCACACGGGGGUUAACUGCGAUAGAUGCGUCUGUGCAUUUCCCUUGUGUUCGUUGUAGGGUGCGUGAUGUUUUAAGGUAUCCAGCUGGAGGUGUAGUAGAUACCCAGGAGGCAAACUUCAUUAAAAAUGAAAAUGACGUCGUUCUUCCUGGCAAAGCUUGAGGUUCUCUGUGAUCGAUGCUACUCGUAGUAAAUUGUGCUGGGAUCAAUCCAAAGCUGAACUGACUCAGCUGGGUGUUGUAUGAGGAGGGGCAGGAGUGGAGGUGGUGACUGUGCUGUCAGACCAGUAGCAGAAAGCUGGAAACGCGGGGAGGAAGCUCGUCUUCCUCAGGAGAGCUGGCUGCACUGAAAAACUCCUAUGCUGCUAGAGCCAUCUGAACCUGCACCUUUGUACCCCCCACAAGUGACUACUUCAAAAACUGAUCGAUGAGGGGAAAGCUUUUUUUCCCCGUAUUUUUUUUUUUUUUUACGCAAGAGUGCCUGUUCACCUCCAUAGAAGUGCUGAGAAGCAGGGGCAGUGCCUGUUACAGCUGUGUCGUUCAACCCCGUCAUCUGUGUUCUCCAUCUAAACCCCAACGCCGUCUUGCCUGGUUCAGAGCUUGCAAAGGCAGUAGGUCUGUGGUGUUCCAACAGCAGAGCCCAGGGGUUCUGUGAGCAAUGCGUGGCCCUUCUACACAGUGCAGAUGCUCCGAUGGAUUUCUGGCUGCAGCCUUUGGGCGGCUGCUACAGGAGCGUGCAGGGCCGCUGAGGGAGCUCCCACGUUAGCUGAGGUGUCCUGGGCUGCUUGGGUCAGACUUGAACUCGUUGAGAGCAAGCAUGUGCCUUUUUCUGAUCCGAGACAGAAGCUGGAAGAGCUGGCGUUUGGAUUAAUGGUGUGGUCAGUGUUCUUGAGCUGCUUUUAGGGUUCGAAGUCCUUGCUCAGAAUGGAGUUGGUUUUGUGUUGAGUUACUUAAAGGGAGCCCUGAAUUCUUUGUGAAUGUAACUACCCAGAGAGGAGAAGCUUUUAAAGUUAGUGGUUUCUGGAGAGUAAUGGCAUCAAAUAAGCAUACUUCCUGGUAGACUUGCAUUUUUUUUAAGAUAAAAUUUAACGUUGAUAUGUUUCUCUGUUGAGAACCAUUGAUUCUGCCUUUCUUUGAAUGUUGCCUGUCCCAUAACAUCUCUGCUGAGCUCCUGCAGCUUUCCCCCCCCCAGCUGCUGACUGUAAGGACACAAGGAAUGUUGUUGGCGGAGGUUGGGAAGUGGGAACGUGGCGCUGAGGACUGAACAUCCCUGAGGAUAACUCGUUAAGGAGCAGCUUGCCAGCAGCUGAGGGUGGUGGUGUGUGCACAGCUACGGUGCCGGGCGUAGAAGGGUUCAGCAAAGGGGUAAGGAUGGUAACGAGCCUCUCCUUUCACAGCCAGGCGUGCAGCGAAGGCUGCUGGGUGCCUGUGUCCUCAGGGGCUGGUUCAGGCUCCAAGCUAUGAGUGUGGGUUCUCAGAGAAUAGAGGAGGAGCAUUUUGAGUUGUUUAAUGCAGUGUUGAGAUACUGGGGGGUUGUCCAGCCAGGAGCUCUGGCACCGGUGCUGGCUCUGAGAUGGGUUCCCUCCUUGACUUCAGGUCAAUGAUUUUGCUGCAGCAUUUUGCCCUCUAGAACAAGACGACGUGCGUUGCCUUACGAGAGCUAGCUGUUGUGUGUUCCGAGGAUCAGCCACGCUCUGGAAGUGCUAAAUUCCUGAUACAAACCUGCGCGCCUUCUUGCGAGCUACCUUCACUUAAUGGAGUCUGCCCAUUGGGCAGAGCCUGUGCCCUGUGCUGUGUCUCAGCACGGCUGUCCCCAGCAGCGCCCUCGGGGUCCUGUGCACUGCUGCUGCCUUUGAUGAUGAUCUUUUGUUUCCGUUGGCUGCAAAGCAGAGGACAAGCUUAUUCAAAUAAAAGGUUUUCCUGACGUUGCUGAGGAUCUCGUAGGUCUUUCCGACACAUUAGGCAGUUGAAGAAUGGAUACCUACUGUAAUACCCUCUAGCAACACAGAAAAACACGAUUAUCUUGAGGUUAUCUUACCCAAAUCGUGGGUCCACGACCAACUUUGAUACAGUUGUGCAAAAAUUAGGCAUUAAAAUAGUUGCUAAUCGUCUUUCGUUGUGCUAAGACUCGCAAAUCAGUGCAUUCAAAACCGGUUUCUUUGUCGUGACAUCGGCACCUUGCAGGCUGCUGCUUGCUCCAUCACAUUGGCCGGGUCAUCCCCACUGGAGCAGCGCUUACAGCUCAAGAACUGCAGGGGCUGUGAGCGUGCCAGCAAAGCAGCAAAUCGUGCAGAGCUGCUCAGUGCUGAGCAGGCCCGGUGUGAGAGACGCUGUCCACCGAGGUGAAGCUUGGCUGCUGGCAGCUCGGCAGGCACAAGUGGCUUCUUCAGGGCAUCGCGCUGUGUACGUCACGUUCCCCUGUGGCCGUAGCUCUCCCUUUUCUUUGGACCCGAUUUCUCCUCUUCAGCAGAAUGCUGCCACUUCUGCACUUCUCAGUGUUCAAUCUGUUGGAUCUCGCCUUGAGAAAACCCCACGUCGUUUUCCUGUAGAUAAACCUGCUUCUAGACGGUUGCGUUUCUCCUCUGUUCCGCAGGCGAUCCCGCAAAGCCUCAGCACAGCACACGGGGCUGAUGGAAUAACGAGCGCUCGGUGCUUUCACGGGCGUGCUGCCCUGCUCUGCUGCUGUGAGCAGAGGCACAGCUGCACCCACAGGGCGCAGGGCUCACCCUGCAGCUCCCCUGUCCCUGCUGGUUUGCUUCCUCCCUUGCUGUGAGCAGUCAGGCUUCCCCAGGUGUAUGAAAUGGGUGGAGAAACGGCGCCGUUGCUUGUUCUGGGCGGGGGGGAACCGGUCUGUUAGAAUGCACUGAGGCAUCUGCUCGUAGAUAAGAACGCUGUCAUGGAGAGGUAUCACUUAAAGCUUUUCACUACAAUUGGUAGCAAUCCGUUCUGAGCCAGUCUGGGUGUUCCAGCACCUUCGGGAGGUGGGGACUGGGGGGGGCAGCGCGUGCCACGAGCAUUGCUAGCACUCAGUGUGUAGGAGGCUGCUGGGAGCAGUGCUGUGCUUCUACCUUGUGCGUAUUUAAUGCCCCGUGUUCCGAUGAAAAACAACAAAAGAUUGUGCUGUUUGGGAUUCCUUUUCAGAAUAAAGUUCUAAUAAACGA